GCUUUGGAGAGACAACGAGUCUUUUGGGGGGGCGGAGUUCUCUUUCGGGGCCGCCGGGCGAAACUUCUCCUCAGGAUCGCCGCCGUCAUGGCCAGCCAGUCUCAGGGCAUCCAGCAGCUGCUUCAGGCCGAGAAACGCGCCGCCGAGAAGGUGGCCGAGGCCCGCAAGCGGAAGAAUCGGCGACUGAAGCAGGCCAAGGAAGAAGCUCAAGCAGAGAUCGAACAGUAUCGCUUGCAGAGGGAAAAGGACUUCAAAGCGAAAGAGGCCGCCGCGCUUGGCUCCCACGGCAGUUCCGCCACUGAGGUGGAGCAAGGAACCCAGGAGAAGAUGGCCGUCCUUCAGCAGAACUUCCAAAAGAAUCGGGAGGAAGUGAUGGACAGCUUGCUGAAUUUGAUCUUUGACAUCAAGCCUCAAAUCCAUUCGAACUAUCGGAUCAACGGAUAGACAGAAUCUUUAGUCCUUUCAGGAAAUAUUCAGCAAUACCAGCUUUAGCUGCACCCCUUUUGAUAAAGGUGCAUAACUUAAAUUCCCAAGAGGUGUAGAUUAUCUCUUUUUCUUCGCUCCCCCUUUUUUCAUCAAGGUUUCUUGUCUCUUCCCCUCCCCAUUUUGUAGCACUUUUGAAGUUUCUAUGUAGGCUGGUUCUGUGUCUCCAAAGUGCAUUAUAUCGUAGAUGUGUAGUGUAGAAGAUUGAUGUUGGAUAAAUCAUACUGAGUAUUAAAGGAUCCCAAGAAGUAUUUAAAAGACAGUAAAGAUAAGUGCCAGGUUACUUUUCUCUAUUCUUAAAUUGCAAACUGUGUGACUUGGGUGCUCUGAUACGAAUAAAAUCUGUUUCUUGUCUUCACCUAAGAGUUUAAAAAAAAACAACCAAAAAAACCCCAAGGAAUUUUGUUUGCAGAAUGAAUAGUGUUUGGAUUGUAUCCGAAAAUGUUUAAACGUUAUUUAAAUAAUAACUCUGUAUUCUCCUGUUGAACUUGAACAAGACGUUGCUGUUAAGGUGCUUGAAGAAAAAGUAAACAUCUGAUCUGAGUUGUUAAAGAAAUUAAAACCAUUUUUCUCCUUUU